UUUCGCCCGCGGGCGAGGAGGUCGCUCUGUCCAGCCCGGCGGCCGCGACUCCGACUCCCGGCGUCCCGGAGGCGUCCAGGCAGCGAGCGCACACCCCGGACCCUCUGUGCUGCGCCGGCAGCGUCCAGUCAGCAUGGAGAAGGACAGCCUGAGCCGCGCCGACCAGCAGUAUGAGUGCGUGGCGGAGAUCGGCGAGGGCGCCUACGGGAAGGUGUUCAAGGCCCGCGACCUGAAGAACGGCGGCCGCUUCGUGGCUCUCAAGCGCGUGCGAGUGCAGACCAGCGAGGAGGGCAUGCCGCUCUCCACCAUCCGCGAGGUGGCGGUGCUGAGGCACCUGGAGACCUUCGAGCACCCCAACGUGGUCAGGUUGUUUGAUGUGUGCACAGUGUCACGAACAGACAGAGAGACCAAACUUACACUGGUCUUUGAGCAUGUUGAUCAAGACUUGACCACUUACUUGGAUAAAGUUCCGGAGCCUGGAGUACCCACAGAAACCAUAAAGGAUAUGAUGUUUCAGCUUCUCCGAGGUCUGGACUUUCUUCAUUCUCACCGAGUAGUGCAUCGUGAUCUAAAACCACAGAACAUUCUGGUGACCAGCAGUGGACAAAUUAAACUGGCUGACUUUGGCCUCGCCCGCAUCUACAGUUUUCAAAUGGCCCUUACCUCAGUGGUCGUCACGCUGUGGUACCGGGCCCCAGAAGUCCUGCUCCAGUCCAGCUACGCCACCCCUGUGGACCUCUGGAGUGUUGGCUGCAUAUUCGCAGAGAUGUUCCGCAGAAAGCCUCUUUUUCGAGGAAGUUCAGAUGUGGAUCAGCUGGGAAAAAUCUUGGAUGUGAUUGGACUCCCAGGAGAAGAUGACUGGCCCAGGGAUGUUGCCCUUCCCAGGCAGGCUUUUCAUUCCAAAUCUGCCCAGCCCAUUGAGAAGUUUGUGACAGAUAUUGAUGAAGUAGGCAAAGACCUGCUUCUGAAAUGCUUGACAUUUAAUCCAGCUAAAAGAAUAUCCGCCUAUGGCGCCCUGAAUCACCCAUACUUCCAAGACCUGGAGAGGUACAAGGACAGCCUGCAUACCCACCUGUCAUCCACCCAGGGCACCUCGGAGCUGAACACAGCCUGAGGUUCCCCAGGGAUGCCAUGAGCUGGUCAUCGAAGCGUGCUGGCAGCUGACGAGUGCCCUCAGCAAGCCUUGCGGAGCAGUUCAAGAGUGCUGGCUCUGGGCCUUCCAGCUGCCGGCUUCUGGAUGGGUUCUGCUCCACCAAGGACACCACCUAGUUUACUGUUCAGAAAUCAAUGCAAGAGUAAUUGCAGCUUUAUGUUCGUUCACUUGUUUGUCUGUCUGUCUGUUUCAAGAGCCUGGAAAACUUCCAGAAGAAGAGAAGCUGCUGACCAAUUGUGCUGCCGUUUCAUUUUCUAGCCUUGAAUGCUGCCAGUGUGGGAUGGGUAAUCCAGGCCCAGCUGAGUUAUGAUGUCAUCUCUCGGCAGCUGCUGGGCCUGCUUUGGUACUUGUGAGUGUGUGUGAGAGAGAGAUCCCUGAUCUCGUCAAGUGUUACUUUUUGUAGACAACAAGAAUAAUAGAAUUUUAAGGACUAAAGUGACUGAUAGUAACAAGGGCUGUUCAAUGAAGGUGACUCGGCAGUGUAGUCCUCUCAGUUAGAAAGGUGAGCCUACGUCCUCAGCGUUUCCUUUCUGUCCAAAAGCUUUUGCUAGCAGUAAACGAUAAAGUUUUAGACACCACAAAAACGAGAGAGAAAAAGGGAGGAAAAACCCUAGUAUCUUUUAAGAGACUUUUUCUAAGCAUGCAUUCUUCUAUUUGCUCUUUGGAAAGCUGGAUUUACUUGUCCUAAGUCAUAUAUAUAGUACAGUACUCAAUUGUUUCUUUUGGGAAAGGCCUUAUAAGCAUUUCAUUACUUGCAAUAGGUUUAGGGAGUGUACCUCAAAUACAUUUUAAAGAUAGAGAUGGCCUGUAUUUUCUGGUUUGAAAUGUUGUUAUUUCCUUUGCGUUUCUUGGUAUUUUGUUCUUUGUUAGGGGAUUGCUUCCUUCUCUGAUUUGGAGAUGGUUCUGACUAGAGACAGGACUGUCUUUUAGCUCUCCACACCUGCUACCCCACACUUGCACCGUGCACUUGCCAUGGUCUGCCUGAGGUGUCUAGUGCCCACCUUCUCUGGUGCCAGCACGUCUGAUAUGUGUUGCCUAACGAGGCCAGAUUACCCAGCUGCCCCCACACCACGCCUGCCUGCUCACUGUCUCUCACUGAUGCUUUGCCAGUGACCUUGGUUAUGGCUUACGGCUCCAGUUCUGCAAUCGGAACAGGGUCCUCCUCCUUUUCUUAGAGUAGUCUUCCCGCCUGCUGUCAUGAGGUCACUUGGGCAGUGUAGAGUACUGUUCUGUGUGUCACCAGUGUAGAGGUUGCUGUCAGCCAGUGGGCACUGGGUGUUUUACAUUUCUAGAGAGUCCACUGAGGGGAGGAGGGUGGCUUUUCCGCCGUUUUAGAGGUAGCUGUUUACUUUCUAAGGUGAUCUCUCUCUCCCUCCAUCCGCAGGAUGUCCUCUUCUCUGGCGCCUUGUGCUCAGCUCUGUUGUCUGCAGAGCCGGCCUGGCCUGGGCAUCAGACACAGCUGUGCCUUGCUAUUCCCUCUCAGUCCCUUCUACUCCGUGCCACCUUCGCCUUGUGCUCGAGUUUCAUGCACUGGUGAUCAGAAGGCGCAGACAGCAGCUUUGGGGGGUGUAGCUGUGUGGUCAGUCAUGGUUCAGGUGCACGUGUAUAGAAACUAGAUCGUGUUUCAGCGUGGAACAGCGUAGAAAGAAUGGCUGAUGUUUCACACAGUAGGACAGGUCUCAGAUGGUGUUUAUAUAUUCUGAAGCCUUACUGAAUUCUUUGUAGCUGAAUAAUACAUGUUAUUAUCUUGAAUAGAGAAUAAUUAGAUGCCCUUCCUGAGAGCGUUGGGGGUUGGGAGUCAUUCUUUUUUUUUUUUUUUUUUUCCUUUUUUUUUUUUUUUUAGUACAUUUAUUACAUUCUUCUGAUUCAGUAUCUUGAGAAACAGAAUUUUUUUUUUCAAAAGCAAGAUUUAAAAAAAAAAAAAGCUAGGCUGGGAGCAUGUUCUGUGCCUCAUCACUACAGCACUGGGGCCUGUUAUCAGUGUAUCAAAGCUUGAGCUAGGCUCAGAGCAGCAGACAAGGCCUGUCCUAGGUCUCACUGGGACAGUGAGUUCUGCCUUGCCUUUGAACAGGUUCAAAAGGCAGGUUUUUGCUGGGGCCUAGAAAUCGAACAUAAAACUCAUUUGCCAUGGCCUACUCCAUUUUGGAUUAGUAUCCAUGUGAUAAAGUGAAAAUAAUUUUGAGAGCUUUUGGAAGAAAAAAAGACACACCCCCACCCCUCACCCCUCACCCAUUAGCUUUGUUCAAGGAAAAUACAGCUGUCUUAAACUGGAAUCUAUCUACUCUUCAGAAUUUUUAACGAAUAGAGUUCAGCUUCAUUAUUGUCAUCCUUUUUGGGCUUAUUUCUUAGUAGGUGUUUUGAUUGUUCAUUCUGGGUUUGGGGGGACAUUGUUUUGGGGGGGUAUUUUUUGUUCGUUUGUUUUUUGGUUUUGAGACAGGGUUUCUCUGUGUAGCUCCAGCUGUCCUGGGGACCAGGCUGCCCUCGAACUCACAAAGAUCCACCUGCUUAUGUCUCACGAGUGCUGGGACUAAGGCGUGCACCACCACUGCCCUGCUUUAAGAACUAUUUUUAAAUCACAAACAUUUUAAUAUUAGAAACUUGUCAUAUUGUGCCAGGAUGGUGCAGAAGGGGCAUCCCACCUCUCUGGAUUUCGCAUCUCUGCCCCAGAUCUUUGUUCAUACAGCUGUUCUCUGGAUAUACGUCUCCCUGAGGCUCACACUUCUGAAACCCAGUCUCCAUACAAGGAACCUUGCCAUCCUGGCCCUUAGUAGCACAUGGGAACAUAAAGUAGAGUGAAGGCUGGGUGAAUAGGGUUCCCCCUCUGUGGCGGAUGGUGUCACGCACCCUUGUCCCUGAGAAGACCCUACUGCCCCAGCCUUCUGCUGAAACAGCUCUCAGUGAGGAGAAACAAGUUUGACAUUGCAGGAGGAACAGUGCAGGAACAUGCCCAAUCGCCUCUCUUCGGGGUUUGGUUCCAGAGGCCGUGGCAUUGCGGGACCCAGGGAGUUCUGUCAGCCUCUUCAGAAGCAAAAGGGGCGUUUUCCAAGCAGUCCCCAUAAGCUCACACGCUGUCUUGUGGCGAGGAGUCCCAGCCGCCCACCCCAUGUAGCAGCACAGUCCGUGAGCACCCAGUGGGCCGCAGCCUCCCACGCUGUCCCUCUUGGAAAGACGGGCGCUUGAGCAGCAGAGGAACUGUUUCAUUAGCUUGGGACCAUUUCUGCCCCCAGCUUCUCACGAUUUUCCCUCAGAACCCACUCACUGAGUAGUAGAUUUGAAUUUAGCCUUAAGUGAUUGACUUAAAACAGCUCAGAAGUCGCCACUUAAAACCUGUACCUCCACGUGAUCAUUUUUAAUGAAAAAUGAAAAUGCUAGCAUAACACAGCACUUCGCCUUAAAUAGAAAGGGGUGCAGUUGCCUCUGGAAUAGGAUGCUAGCCAGCUUAUUUGAGAAAGUCAAAAGGAGCAAACAUUUUGAACUUUAUGUCCUGAAAUUGUUUUUUAAGUAACCGUAGCUGCUUCUCUGAAAAGCUGUGCCUACUAAGGUCAGUUAUAGCCAUUCUCGUUGUGGGCGUUAAAUCAUGUACACUUUCUAGAGAGAACCACACGCACAUGCGCGCACACACACCAGGGUCUCUCUGUGUAGCCACGGCUGUCCUGGAACUCACUUUAUAGAUCAGACUGGCCUCGAACUCAAGUCGAGCUGCCUGCCCCUGCCUCCCGAUUGCUGGGAGGAAAGGCGUGCACCACCACUGCCCCGGUCUGACUGUGUUUUAGGAGCACCUAGUGACUCACAUCUCCUGAAAGCACAUUUUUGUCGCACAGCUGGGUUCAGGAAAGAAGAGCAUUCAAUCCCGUGCCACCGUUCCUGCUCCCUGUCAGCCCCUGUUGAUAGCCUGCACGAGAGAGAAUGCAUGCUUUACAUCGCGACAUGAGAUAACGAUGCUGUGUAAUUUCAGAACCCCUAAAGAUGACAAAGUAAUGGGGAACAAACAACAGUAUUCAAAGGGUAUUUUCAGAUUUACAUACAUUUUUGAAUAAUACACUUUUGCCUUUAAGUGUAUUCCAGGAAACAUUUUUGAAGUCAUCCAGCACUUGUGGACUUGGUGUGUCAAAAAAAACACAAAUUUUGUGGAGACACACAGAAUCACUGGUAUCAUUUUUCUUCAUUUCAUAGGAAAAAAGCAGCCAUCUGAAGCUAUACUCACUAUACAUACAUGCCUAAGAAUAUUCACUAUAAAAAAUGAAAAUUAAGUGGCAUUUACCUCCUAGGCAGCUGAAAACGGACAACCUAUAAACCUUAUCCAAAAAUCCUUCAUCAUGUGCAUCCUUAAGUCUAAGUCCAUAGUUAGGGAGGUGUUCAUACAUUCAUUCUCCACAAUGGAAGAGCCUUAUGCUACCAAAGCCUGAUGCAAAGUGUGAUUCCUGGAAUGAUUCGUAACAGUGGGGCCGCACAUGCACGAGAAACACAGCACUUCCUCUCCUCCCAGCUUCCCAGGCUGGCCUGGUGCCUGCAGCCUCCUGCCUCUUCCAGGCUCCAGGAUUGCACAUCUCAAGCAUAUCUAAUUUCCGUUGGCUUUUAGUUUUGUUGUUUUUUAAGGAAAUAAGUGAAAACUAUUCUUUUGCCCUACUGUCUUCUGAAAGAGAUCCUUUUUUUUUUUCCCCCAAGACAAGAUUUCUUUGUGUAGCUCUAGCUAUCCUGGAACUUGCUCUGUAGACCAGGCUGGCCUUGAACUCACAGAGAUCCGCCUGCCUCUGCCUCCCGAGUGCUGUGAUUAAAGGCAUGCGCCACCACUGUCCAGGUUCAAUUUUUAACUGUUUUUCUCAGUUUGGUUUUUUUUAAUUUUUCUAAUGAAGUACCGAAUUGCCUUUUUUGGACGUCUCUUCCAGGGUUUUCAGCAAGUUAAAUCUAACUGACUGCUAGGAUAUCCGUGCCUCUGUGGUCUGGUUCUCUGGCGCCCAAGAAAAUAGCCACCUGAGAAUAAAUUCUCCUCAGGUUUUUCCUCAAAAGUCUACAGAAAAUACUAUUACAGUAAUUCCAAAUUAAAAUGGUGAGAAUGGAAGGUAAUUGGGAAUUGGUUUGGUUUUGUCCGGGCAGAAGUUGGGGGGGGGGGGGCGGAGGUUGUUGCUAUAUCCAGUAUGUUCCACAAGGUGGCACUCUCAGAGAAAAAUCUGACCGAGGCUAAAGAGGUGCUCUCAAGAUAUUACCCCAAACUGUUUCCCACGCAUCUUUAACGGUCAUCUAACACGUUUCUUCAGGUUAUUAACAGUCUUCACAAUAUUGUGCAGCUUGUACAUUUUGCUUUGCAGCUAGGUUCUGAGUGACUAAGUUAUGCUUGAGAAUGGCGCUUCAGAGGUGAAGGAAUGCCUUUACAGUUACUGAGGGGACAUUUCUGAGGCACCCAAAGUUACCUGCAGUUCUAGGACACCCAACUACUUCCACUUCCCUGAAGUCAACCCUCCUCUGUGAAGAGGGGCCCCAGGCAGGACUCCCACCUCCCUUGUCUGCUGCUUUCCGCCCUCUGUGGCCCUGUGACAGUGAUUCAUUUCUAAAUUCAAGUGAACAAGAGAAGUAGCGUGUCAGUAAUUUGAGUAUAGCAAACCCUUUCUAAAGGCUGCAGUGCUAAAACCGACUGUCAAUAACCAAGGAACUGGCAGGUUUUUGACCCGUGUAAACCACAAGUGAAAACAUUUCAAUUCUAAUUCUUAAAUUUUGGGUUUGUAUAUAUGAACAUAACAACUCAGGAAGGAAUCUACGUAAGGCUUUGGGUUUUCCACUGUCAGAAUCGGGUUUAUGCUGCCUUGUGAAUUCACAUUUCUGCUCAGAGACCUAUCUAUCCCCCGGAGCCAGUGAUGACAGUGCAGAGGGGAUCAACAGACACGGUAUUUCAGCUUCCGGCACACCACGGCAGAAAGCAGUUUGUCCCUUCUGAGUGUCACUGUCGCGCGCGCGCGCGCGCGCGCACACACACACACACACACACACACACACACACACACACACACACACGCCCCUGCUUGACUUCACUCCAGAGUGGCAGGCAGGCGGGCGAGCCUCAGUUAUUUACACUGAAUCAGAAUACAGACCAGGCCCUGCCGAGGCCCUGAGAAUAUCCGGCUCUUUUCAUCCCUCUGCUCUCACUGAGGCAGAUUCCAGGUUAGGUCUCUCAGUGAAAGUCCAAGUUCCCCCAGGUCUGCUCUCUGCAAUCGUUCUGAAGCCCACCAGGCAGAAUCAUGGGCCAGGGCAGCCGGGCCAGGGCGGCCGGGCCAGGCCCAGAGGUGGUUGUGGGAGAGCCAAUGCCGUGUUGCCGCUCAGAACCUCUGUGAUGCCCUCUUAGGAGCACGUGGCUGCCUCUGAGCAUCAGUUUACUUGCUAGCUCGGGUGCAGAGACACGCUGGAUGCUGCCUGCACCUCCGUUACCAGACGUCUCACACUCAAAGUUUGUGGGGUUUGUUUUGGUUUGGUUUUGGUUUGUUUUAGAUGUAUAAUUACAGAAGAAAUUUUUAUUUUUCCUGCUACAUACAUGGUGGCAAAAAGUUACUCCUGGAAAUGUUUCAUUUUGAACAACUGUUUGCUACUUCAUUUUGGCACAAGCAUGUAAUUUUUUAGUUUCCAAUUUCUCUCUUUUCUUCUUUAAUGAGCAAAUUAUCCCUUGAACAGAAAGGUUUUCCUGUUCACAAGAAGCUUUUGUGUGAAUUGUUGGGUCACACAAAUAAUCAGCACCUUGAGACUGUCAAAUGUAGGGGAUUUUGUUCGUUUGUUUUUGUUUUGUUUUGUUUUCAGGAGACACAUAGGCACACAUUGGCUGCCAGGACUUAUGUCUGGCCCUAAUUGAGCACAAAGCCACAGAGUUCUGUACGUCCUAACUCAGGCAGGGGUUCACCACCUUCUGUUGAUGAGCUGAGGCUGAGGGGCCCUCUCCCCCCACUUGAUGUUUUCUUAUCUUCCGGUCUAUAAAAUGCAGUAAUAUGUAUUAGCCAGCAAUAUUUCUGUGGCCACCAACAUCUCUGAGUUUGACCUUAAGUCUCUCUCUCUCUGAGUGAUUAAAAUAGAUUCCAUCAUUUCUUGGCAUUCCCCCACAUCAUGUAUCUUUUCACUCUGGUCCUGUUUCUAACAGUGUAUUCAUGUAUAUUUCAGUUCUUACUUAUCUUCAUUAUUUUCCUAUGAACAGUAAUAGAUGUAUUAGUACAUGGAAUUAAUAGUGUACUAGGAACAGCACUUAGCAGAUGGGGAAUUUUUUAUCAAGUUCCACAUUACAUAAAUUAUUUCUAUUAUUAUUCAUGUAUAUUAUUUAUUGCUAAACCGCACCAGUCCUGUGGAAGUGCGACAAAAGGCAGAUGUUAGGGCUUGAAUUCAAUGCUCAUUAUCAUGGUCUUGAUGGAGCUAAGGAAACAAAAUUACAGUGAUACCCCAAAUAAGCUGCAUGUGUGUAACAUGAUUAAGAUUUCAGUUGGUUAGGUGUAGUACUUUUGGUGUCUAGGUGUCUUGUUGUGUUAAAAGACGAAGGCACGGACUUGUAGCUGUUGCUUCUGGCAGAUGGAUAUUUAGUGUAGUGUAAGAAUAAUUACAGCAAAUACUAAGGUAGAGAAGCGGGUAGAGAUUGCCUUAAUUUAGGUGUCCAGCAAAGUGGAUGCCAGGCAGAGCAGGCAUCUGGGUGCUGCUUCCUGACUGGGUCUGUGAACAAAAACUUCUCAAAGCAAUCUGGUGCCCUUGUAGGUGCCCGGUGCAGCGGUGGGAACAGGUGGUUCUGUGGAGAAGGGAACGGGGGGGGGGGGGGUCCUGUAGAAACGGAACUGCCAGUUUAUGCCUUGAGGCUUUCAGAACGUGUUUUCAGAUUUCAGGCAACUUUGCUGUGGGAUCGCAUGUUAUUUGAGAUCUUAACAGCCAGAAAUCCCUAACAACUCAAAAGCCUGCUGUGUUUCUGCUGUUUCUGGUCUGAGCUGAAGGUUAAUGGGCAAGUGUUUGGUGUAGGUGAGCGGUGUGUGUCAGGGCUCAGUGCCACGUCCCCGCGUGAGUGCCUGUUAGCUGUAGGGACUGUUGCAGGGUUGUCCUUUCUAGAUACGUAGAAGUGUGUUUUCACUAUAAGGUGUGUUUUGUUUCUGGAUUCCUAUACAGAUGAGUUAAAACUUGCUUCUAGGCCUUAGCGAAGCUGUUGUACACGGUAAGCUGCUUCUUGUGUGACUUAUUCUUAGAAUAGAAAUGUGUAAAGGUAAAAAGAGCUUCAUUUGGACAUUGGACUCGUAGUUUUCUGGACUGAAGUCACAGUCCUAGAAUUGUAGAGGUCUCACAUAUUAGAUGCUAAUCUAGGCUGUAUAAGCCAGCCCCAGAAGUCCAGUGUCCCCCACACUGUACACCCCAGCCCUGCAUCUCUCCCUCCCUUCCCAAGGUGCUCCUGCUACUACCCUGACCUGCUCCUUUGGCGCUCUCCACCUCCUUGGCCGAGUUUUGGGCAUCAAGUAUGUGAUGAGAAAUACUUUUCAGCACCAAGUGUGCUUGCCUAGGCCUGGCCACCACCCCCACUUUGCCUUUGGCUGGCCAUAGUCAUCAAGAGAUAAUACCCGAUGCCAGGCCCAGAAUGUACUCAUGCUGUCAGCCUUACAUGCCCCCAGCAUGUUUGUGCAUCCUGAUCUUUAAACCCAGUCAUCAUUCAGUGUUCAUUGUUGCCUGUGCUCCCAGGAGAAGAACAUUCCAGGCUGCUGCUGUAUGCUGUCCAUCUGCAGGCUCUGCUUUCACUGUGUUUCUUCAUACUUGAAACUCAUUCUGCUGUUUGGAUUUCACGGUGCAGACAUCAGGGUGCACAUUCCCUCAAGGUGCAUAAUUGCUCUUGUUCCGUUUGCUCAUAUCGCUACAGAACGCUCUGUUUUGGUGCUCUGGGUUCAACAGGUCAAAGAAGCGGUGUGGGAGCCUAGAACACAGUCUUAGAAGCACAGGGCAGGAGUCCUGGAGAUGGCGUUGCUUCGGCUCUUCUCUGUGCCCACUAGGUGGGGUUACCAGGCCGGCCUGCCAGGUUCACCCAGGGACCUUUCUUUGAAGGGUCUGUGAACCAACCGUGUGCUGUAUACUCAAGGGUGGGUGUGGCUCAUCCUUUGUGGCAGCCCUACCUAUCCAGGUAACUAGUCCUCAGAAAAAUGACCCUGGGGAACACAUAGCAAAGGAAUGGACGGGCCAGUAGACCUGUGUCACUCUAGUGACACACACCCCCACUCCACACAGGAAGCCUCCUGAGGAAAAGCAUAAAAGGAUAUCUCUAAGGCUGCCCUUCACAGCCCGAGCUGAAGGCUGUUGCUCCCUUCUUUGAAGCAGAUGAAAAUACUGGUCAGUUUACCUGAGCCCUUUCCACUGAGAAGAAUGGGGAAGCAGAGGUGUGUGGUGUCAUCCAAAGACCACAGCUUCUACCAAAUCUCCCAUCACUAGAAGUCCAUUUUUAAAAGCAGCUUGGGGAAGGGGUGACUCCAGGCUUCCUGAGGGCAUCUUAACCUGGGACUUCCCUGGAGAGGGGGGGCUACAGUAUUCAUUCUAUGUCUGUGUUGGUAGGAGAGGAAAUGGGCAGGAACUGAGGAGGGUUACAGAUCAAUACUCCUUCGGAAACUGGAUUUCUACUGGGUGCUAGACUGCAAAUUUAGGUAUUUAUUGUCAGGUAAUUGAAUUCAUUGCUUUUCAAAACCAUUGUUCAAAGGUCACUGUCCAUUGGAUUCACUUGUGUGCCAGCUGAAUUGGUUGAAGCAAAACCAGAAAAUGGUUUCUACGUUUGUCAUACCUUUUGUAUUUCUUACAAUAAAAAUGUUGUUAGCAAUUAAAAA